AAAAAAAAAAAAAACCUCCCAGGUGUUCAUUGAGUGAAGGCUAGAGUUGCAAGUAAAAAAAUUAGUCAACGACUUGUAAAAUUGUGGGAGAGAGUUUUUAAUCCGAAAUUGAUCGAGCAAUUUCCCCAAUUCUUGUUUCGCAGACCGGUAGUUUUAUCUACUCCCUCUCCACUCCAGUCUUAUCGACCGCCUCCUCGAGCUUCUGUUACCACAUUGUCUCUGCCGGAUAUCAUUGAUGAGAAUUUCCUCCUAUUAGAGUUUUAUCCAGUGACGUUGGUUUCUGAUCCUCUUCCUACAGAAGAGUGAAGACAUAUGCUUGUUUUAGUUUGAAGUAUUUAUCUAAGUUAUUGUGGAGGGUCCAGUAUGGCAGAUGUCAGCCCUAGGACUGAUACUUCGACUGAUGCUGACACCGAAGAUAAGAAUUUGAGGUUUCAGAAUGCUCUCUCGCAUGGUACGAUAGCUUCUGAUGGCAGCGAUAAGUCGAGGGAUCAAAAGACGCUUCGCAGACUCGCUCAAAACCGUGAAGCUGCGAGAAAAAGCCGUUUGAGAAAAAAAGUUUAUGUCCAACAGUUAGAAAGCAGCAGAAUGAAGCUGACACAACUUGAGCAGGAACUCCAACGAGCUAGACAGCAGGGCAUAUUUAUUUCAAGCUCAGGAGAGCAAGCUCAGUCUAUGGGUGGAAAUGGUGCUUUGGCCUUUGAUGUUGAAUAUGCACGAUGGCUGGAGGAACAUAACCGCCGGGUUAAUGAGCUAAGAGGUGCAGUCAAUUCACAUGCGGGCGAUGGUGAACUUCGCAUUAUUGUGGACGGCAUCUUGGCACACUAUGAUGACAUUUUCAGGAUAAAAGGGGAUGCUGCAAAGGCUGACGUCUUCCAUAUUUUAUCAGGCAUGUGGAAAACACCUGCAGAGAGGUGCUUCCUCUGGCUUGGUGGUUUUCGUUCAUCUGAACUUCUUAAGCUUCUUAUAAAUCAGUUAGAGCCAUUGACUGAGCAGCAGUUAGUGUCAAUAAACAACUUGCAACAGUCUUCUCAACAGGCUGAAGACGCCUUAUCACAGGGAAUGGAAGCGUUGCAGCAGUCUCUGGCUGAAACACUGGCUGCUUCUCUUGGCCCUUCUACUUCGACAGCAAAUGUUGGCAACUACAUGGGUCAAAUGGCAAUGGCUAUGGGGAAGUUGGGAACUCUUGAAGGUUUCAUUCGUCAGGCUGACAAUUUGCGGCAACAGACUUUGCAACGAAUGCAUAGUAUAUUGACAACCCGGCAAUCAGCUCGCGCUCUACUUGCUAUCAACGACUACUUCUCUCGGCUUCGAGCACUUAGCUCUCUUUGGCUUGCCCGUCCCCGUGAGUAACUUCUCGAUCUUGCCCGGUUCUCAAUGAUGUAUUCUACAAAUGCAACUUGGUUUGUUUGUUUAUGAUACUUUGGAGGCAGCCAGGAGUCAUCAGACGGUUUCAGUGCAGUGUUCUUGCCCAUCAUCAUCAUUACUGCAGCUUCAUCUCAUGUUGUAUAAUUUUCCAUUUUCAGUUAGUUGAAGACUUGAAGUAAUUGAUCACAACCAAUGUUAAUGUAUUUAGAAAAAGGGAAAGAUGGUUAGAUCUAUACAUAUAAUUAAUCCCCAUAGUUCAAGUGAGAUUAUAGAUUAGAACAUUGUGUUUGCCUUCAAGAUAACUUCGUGUGAGCACUGUGUAUUUUGAUGGAAAGCUCCACUGUUCUGAAGUGGUGAGAAUGAUUUUUCAAAAUUCGAUCAAAGUGGUCGACCAUUGACUUAGACAACAUUGCUAUUUUCCACAAAUUCUAGUGAGUUAUAGGGUGUCGGUCAAAGGACGUGUCUAUUGUCACACUACACUUCUUAUUUAACCAUAUUACCUGAUAAUUGAAAUGAA